CCAACAGGACUCUUCAGUUGUCGCUCUGUUCCGUCUUGUUGUGUGUAAGACUCGCGCGACUUCCGCUUUGAGCGUCAAAUAUGGCCACGUCCAGACUAGAGAUCAAUUUUAUCAGGUUAUUAUCGCGCUGUGAAUCUCUGGCUUCAGAGAAAAGAAAUGAGACAGAAUGGAGACUAGAGAAGUACGUUGGUGCUCUUGAGGAGAUGCUUGUUGCCCUUAAAAAGAGUCCCAGCAAACCAACACCGGAAGUACUGACGGACUACAACCGCAAGGUGGACUUCCUCAAGGGUCUCUUAGAGGCAGACAAACUGCCGUCUCCAGCAGAGAAGUCUUUGGCCAAUCAGUUUCUGGCUCCUGGACGGACGCCUACGAUAUCCAGCGAGAGAACGCCGGCCAGUAAGACGGUGCACAUUCAGAGUAAAGCGCGAUCAGCAUGGCGUUACAAAUCAACUCUCACUCAGUCUAUGCGUCAGGCCGACAUGAACUUCGAGAAGCUGAAGACUGAAUCAGAGCGUCUGGAGCAGCACGCCAAGAAAUCCGUCAACUGGUUCCUGUGGCUGAUGCUAAUCGUCGUCUCCUUCACGUUUAUCAGCAUGAUCCUCUUCAUAAGACUGUUCCCGCGACUCAGAUGAUGUUAAUCAUCAUUAGAACCGCUAGAUUUAAUUGAUCUAUUACAACAGGUUUACAGACACUAGCUAAGAGUUGUGAAUUUGAUUGACAGCGUCAAUCAUUCAGUCAACUUCAGUCAUUCCUGCAAAAAUGUACUUCACCUGCAUGCUGUUGUCGAGGUCAUAACGAAUUCGCGCCGAAUCUCUGUUUAGAACGUCUUAAAUGAAUCAGUUGUUCGGUUGUUAUUAACGGUAAGUAUUUGAUAACUACAAACUGUUCGUCAGUCAUUUAAAUAGGCUACGUAAUCUGACGACAAACGUUCUUAAUUCUAACUGAGACCGAUGUUUUCGUCUUUUUAAAGAUGCGGGCAAAGUUUCCCCUGAAUUGUUUUCAUUUCCAACAGGCUCGUAUAAUAUUGCUUCAUAUAAUACAUUUUGACACUAAUGAGCGUUUUGAGACGAUAAAAAUGACUGACAGUUUCGUCCAGCUUUAUCUGAGUUUCUGUUACUCACUUUCUCACGUACGGUCGCUAUAAAAACGGACCGAGCUGUUUUAAGGUCCGGUCGACUUGUCCAGACUCGCCGCGUCGAUCAGGAAAUGUUCUGGCAAACAGCAGGAAGUAUUUUUGCCCGUCGGAAGCACAGAUGGAUACCGUCUUCUCCACCCAGAGAGUAAAUGGCCCAUAUUUAGCUGCUAACGAUCAAUUUGUGUUUGUUCCCUGUAUAGCACAUGGACGGAGAAGCCUAUUAAGUAUUGCUCAGAUAUGGUUAACGUGUUUGUCCCACUGCGCAGCUCUAUUGAUGGAUCUUAAUGUUGAUCUGAAGCGGCCUAUGAUCGUUUAUUUGUCCGUGUGCUUAGUUUGGCUCCUGUAAUUCAUUCACAUGAACAGAUAGGCUAGGCUACUCUUCUUUUCUAUCAGAUGUGUUCGAAGUUAACUAUGAAGAAAAAACAGGAGGGUGUAAUAAAAUAAUUGGCAA